AUGCCUGCUCGGAAGAAAUCAGCAACCGAACGCCUGCAAUCAAAGGAACGGUCAAGAUCAUUAAACAGAAAUCUUAUGCGACAACUAAGAAGUAAUCCAGAAUAUCGACAAGCGGAACAAGCACGUGAUACAGAAGCUCAUCAGACAGCAAGACUGGAUCCAUCUAGAAGACGAACUGAACAAGCACGUGAUACAGAAGCUCAUCAGAUAGCAAGACAGGAUCAAUUGCGAAGACUAAAUGAGCAGGAACGCAAUACUGAAGCACAUCGCAUUAGGAGACUUGGUCCUCGACUUCCUCGACAUGCCCGCGAUCCGGCGAGACUUCAGGAACUUCAACGGCAUUCUCUUGGUGAAUUAAAUAAGCUUUGUAGACACUGCAAUGCUAAACACUUUUCAUGUGAAAUGAGUAGCACAGAAUCAUCACUGUGCUGUGAAAAAGGUAAAGUCACUUUAGAUGCUUUACAGGAAGACCCAAUAAUCUAG